AUAAGAAUAUAACUGGUAAACAUACAUCACUAAACUUCUCGUUUCUACUUCCGAGUUCUGACUUUUAACUAGACUUCUAAGUUCUAAGUGCGAACUGCGAAGUGCCUGACUUUUGAUUAGUCACUUAAGAGUUAAGACCUUGGUUAUUGGUAUUUGGUAUGAUUGUCUACACUGAACACUCUACGUGCAUAGUGAUUAAAAAUAGCAUUAUAAACAGUAAUUCUUUUAAUAAAAAAAAAUAAGUUGCUGCGAACGCAAUGUUUCAACAUUUUUCCAUAUUAUUUCCCAUGUAAUUUUAUUGAAAUCUGUCAGGAAAAUAAUUAUCUCCUUAAUUCUUUUUAAUAUUCAAGCAACAAUUAAGUAACAACUUAUUCGUAUUAUUGGUAGAAAUGGGUGAAAUUAUUGAAAUUUCUACAAGACAAAACCACCAAAGAAGAUUUUAUAAAUUUACCAAUAUGUGUGUUAUAUUUUCUAUUAAAGGAAAUUCUGGGUAUGCUAUGAUUGGUUUAGCCGAUCAAAUUGGAUUCUUUAAUAUUAAUCAUUGGGUUUUUAUAGAUAGAAAUGGUCAGAGUGGAGUCUGUGAAUUCAAUGAAAUAAUUCUUACGACACCAACACCUGGCAUCUUGGAGGAGGAAAAACAUCAUAAGUUUUGCCUUACUUGGUAUGGUAGUAAAGUUGAGUUAAACAAAUUUGGGGAAUCUGAACCAAUAUUUUCCAAAGAAAUUAAAAAAAAAAAUUUAAAGUUUGUCACAUUUUUUGGCCAAAAUCAAAGGAAUACUUUACAGUGGAAGGUUUUGUUACCACCUAAUAUCGAGAGGCCUUUUUUAAAACCAAUUAUAGGUGGCAAACCAUAUUGGGUGCCAUAUGAUGGUGAAUUGCCGUAUGGUGCAAUAAUAGGAGGGUUUGAGAAUGAAUUCUUAUAUAUAAUGAGAGCACCACAUGUAGGAUCAUUAACUCCUGGAAAGUUUGUACCAUCUAUGAAAUGUGGAUUUGUAGGCUGGGGGGGACAUUCACAUUUAAAAACAGAGUUUGAGAUUCUUUGUGCCCAUGAUUGUGUCUGGGUACCAACAAAACAAUCGGUAAUACCAGCAGGAGCCAUUUCUGCAGGAUACACCGAAUACGGCCCAGAAACAAUGUACAUUGGUCGUGUAAAACAGGAUGGCCAUAUAAUACCAGGUAAAGUGGCACCAACACAUUGUGUUUGUUACUUUGCCUAUGGUGAACAAGAAGCAUAUGAAACUUAUUAUGAUAUAUUAGUUGGCCCAUACUCAAGUCCUAGGUGUAGUAAUACUCUUGAACCACAAUAUAAAGAAAGAUAUGAGUUUUAUGAAGAAAAUUACAGAUCUGAUGAGGAUGAAUAUGAUGAUGACUAACUAUGAUAACGAGAAAAAAAGAAAACUAUGUAUAAACAUUGUUAAUAUUUUGAGAAUAUAAAAUAAAAAAAUAUUUUAA